AAGCUUCACAUUCCAUGUGAAAUGGCGGCGGAACAGUGAGACAGACUAUGGAUCCUACACGUCUAAACUAUAUAUAUUAGUCUGAUUCACUGUCCUUUAUAGCGUUUUUGCCUGGUGUCAAGAACAAACUCCUUGACAGCAGCAUCGCUUGUUCUACUUCGCAAGGGCGGCGGGACAAGUUCCAAAUCCAUGAAUUCUGAGAAUAGUCAGCGCAUAGGAAAUGGACAUGGGGGAAAGGUAGGCGAAAACAGUGGGCCUUUUGAGCACUUUGGUAGUUAGUGGUAUAGAAAGUGUUUUAAUGAAUUCCAAAUCUCUCAAUGAAUCGACGUCAAUGUAUUAUUAACUAAAGUCGGCGUUAUCUUGCAUUGAUAAUGUUCUGAAUAAAGGAGCUUGUUCAGCAGAGGGGAGGGGGGGUGACCGGACCCUAGUCUAGAACAAUAACAUUUUGCCCAGCUGUUGCCACACCUGUGUAGCACAUCUAUGCUGAUAUGCAUCAGUUAAUCUGUAACUGUCAUGAAUCUCCUCACAGUUUCAUAGAAUUUACCAAAUUCGAUCAUCUAGAGUUGUCUUCAUUCAGCCUUUUGAAAGAUCUCCAAGACGGUUAUUUUCAACCUUACUGACAAUUUUAAAUUGGCGACAUGCAAUCAAAACUUGUUACAAUCAAUUGAAUACAAACAUUUAAACAUUGACAAUGGAGCAAAAUGCACCCCAUUACGGCCUCAUACUGUUAUUAUGCUGAAGGAAGAGGCCAAACAUUUCAUGAGAGCAACAUAACUUUUUUAAGACAUGAUUUGAAGCUACACACAAUUUGUUUACAAAGUCUCAUACCACAAAGAAAAACACAAAUAGGGGAGUAAAUAGAUACAUGGUUGUUUUGUUAUGAUAAGGUAAGACAAUUGUAUCAUGACAGUGCUGAUGGUAUGUACAUUUUAGAAAGAAAAAGAAGCCUCUGCACACACAUUGCAUGACAUUUUGCAUACAUCUGUUGCCAGACUUUAUAUUUAACUGCGCACCAUUUGAAGCAUUGGGGUGGAUUUAACCAAUCCGAUAAAGAUGUAUAGAGAACACACUAACUAGACACUGAGGAUAAGCAAGGUAGCUGGAGAUUAAACGUUUAUUUUGUCGAGUGUAAACCUACAACUGUCUUUGUGGUCACCUGACAGAAGCUGUGGUGCGGUUUGUCUUUGUCAUGGUAGGCCGGUCAGUUUUGUCUUUGUCAUGGUAGGCCGGUCAGUUUUUGUCAUGGUAGGCCGGUCAGUUUUGUCUUUGUCAUGGUAGGCCGGUCAGUUUAGUCUUUGUCAUGGUAGGCCGGUCAGUUUUGUCUUUGUCAUGGUAGGCCGGUCAGUUUUGUCUUUGUCAUGGUAGGCCGGUCAGUUUUGUCUUUGUCAUGGUAGGCCGGUCAGUUUAGUCUUUGUCAUGGUAGGCCGGUCAGUUUUAGUCUUUGUCAUGGUAGGCCGGUCAGUUUUGUCUUUGUCAUGGUAGGCCGGUCAGUUUUGUCUUUGUCAUGGUAGGCCGGUCAGUUUUGUCUUUGUCAUGGUAGGCCGGUCAGUUUUGUCUUUGUCAUGGUAGGCCUGUCUGCUGGAUGGUGGUGUUGUUGUUUGCGCUCUAAACUUUUUUAAUUGAACAUAUAUGUGGUUAUCUUUUUUUGAAUUGUGUAUGCAGUAACAGAGUGAUGCUGAAACUCAGAUUUUUCACUUUAAAAUGUAUGUUGUAUGUCAAACACGAACUAAUGAUUGCGAAGUUAAACAAACCAUACAACUCUAUGCACAAGUACUACUCUUAACAAUUACCACUGAACAUUUUUACAAAAACACAUUUACUUCUAGAACAUUGCGGAUGCAAAGUUUGGUAACAGAAUGACAGAACAAACAGUCAUUCUGUUACCAAACUUUGCAUCUGCACUGUUCUUCAAGUUAAUGUGUUUUUGUAAAAUGUGUUCAGUGGUAAUUGUUCAGUCUUAUUAGAUUAAUCUCAGCACAAUGCCCUCACUUAAUGCUAACGCCCUUUGUUAUGAUACAGGCCUGCGUUUCUGUGGAAUAAUACAGGCCACUGGUUUUAACCCUGUUCCUCCCUUUCCCUUUGGGUUACUACAGGUGAAAGGGGGAGUCGGGAAGAAGUCUGGACAUGCUCACAGGAAGUCUCUGAAUGACUCACUGGAGGGAGAGGUCAAGGCCUUCCUCAUAGACGAGGGCCAGCUGCACACUUAUGAUGACCUCACCAAAGUCAACCCCGUGACCCCAACAACAGGUAGAGAGGCCCAAAGCCUACCUCUUGUUGGAGAGGGUCCAGACAUGGCUCAGCAGCGGUCAAGCUUGUUUUGCGUUGGAAAUGGAACUGACAUUUCCUAGGGACUUAAAUGAUGGUUCCUUUUUGAACAUGUUAAUAUAGGUACUCGUUUAGGCUUUCUGUUUUUCCUGUUAAUGAAUGUGUAAUCCCUGUGUGUUUUCUGUGGCAGUGCUGAAAUGCCUACAGGCCAGGUACAGCGCUAAGGUUUUCUACACCCAUGCAGGCUGCACCCUGGUGGCCCUCAACCCUUUCCAGCCCGUCCCUGACCUCUACUCCCUGGAUGUGAUGAAGGAGUACCAUUGUGCCCCACAGCCACAGGUAUUGGACAACCAUUAGCCUCUUUAUCAGAGGCAUUACCAUGGCCUUUUUGGUUAAUGUUUAUACAAUGUUAUAUCUACAAACACCGACUACUAUAUUUCAUUUUAGCAGUGCCAAGUUCCUGUAACAUGACUCUUCACACCUUAAACAAAGUCUGUUGGGUAAAUUUAAUGUUUAAUAGUUUAAACAACAUAGGGAUGGGUCAAUGCCAAACAGAAAGGAGUCCAUUUCAUGCAUUCAACAAACGUCUCUAAUAUUUUUAUUUGUCUGUCCAGGAGUCCAAACCCCACAUCUUCAUAGUGGCGGAGGAAGCCUACAGGAACGUACAGGGCCAGGUGGAGCCCGUUAACCAGUCUCUGGUGGUCAGUGGAGAGAGCGGAGCAGGAAAGGUAAACUUUAUUAACAAUCAACAAUGGUGGAUAGAAAUGUAUAAUAUUCUACUGCCUCACUGAUUACAAAAAGCAACAAAGCAUUCCAAAUUCAUUGUCCAUUAUCAUUCAGCUUUGUGGGUCUUUUUUUUUGGUCCUUUAUUACUGUGAAGUGUUAAUAGUGGAAGUUUAACAUAUGUUUAGAAUGUUUUAAAGUGACCCUGAAUAAUUUCAAACCACUGUCUCUUUUAUUCUUUACCAGACAUGGACCUCUCGUUGCCUCAUGAAGUACUAUGCCACGGUGGCAGCCUCUUCCUCUCUGCUGAAGAGGCAGGAAACCGUGGAGAGGAUAGAGAAGAGGGUACUGGACUCCAACCCCGUCAUGGAGGCUUUUGGUGAGACUGGAAACUAUUUUAGUUUUUUUAAUAUAAACUUUAACCGGGACAGUAACGCAAUCAUCAACAAUUCAGACAAUAUUGGGAUCAAGGUGUCUGUAACCAUCUAGUCAGUGUGGUUCAGUGACGUGUCCUGUUGACGUGAUGGUUGUUGUUGCUAUAGUGGACACGUGCUGAUUCCAUGCUUUGUUUAUUUACUGGGCCCCUGUUUUAUAUAGGCAACUCCUGCACCUUACGGAACAGCAACAGCAGCCGCUUUGGAAAGUACAUCCAGCUCCAGCUGAACCGGUAUGUCUGGUUGUGUUUCUUUUUUUUUGUAGCUGAUCCUAGAUCAUUCCUGUUUAGUCAAGCGGUCAUUGAUGACAAUGACCAAUAAUAGUUGACAAGAUGGCACAAACAGAUCUGGGACCAGACUAGAUCACUGCAGACACCUAAUAAAUAAGUUGACGAGAAAUGAGAACGGAAUAAGCUAACUGAAAGGGUAGUUUUUGUGCUGACGACACAACCAGCGCCCUGUUCAAACAAAUGUCUUUGUCAUCGCAGCGCUAGCUGUGCCACUAGAGAUCCUGGUUCGAAUCCAGGCUCUGUCGUAGCCGGCCGCGACCGGGAGACCCAUGGGGCGGCGCACAAUUGGCCCAGGGUCGUCCAGGGUAGGGGAGGGAAUGGCCGGCAGGGAUGUAGCUCAGUUGGUAGAGCAUGGCGUUUGCAACGCCAGGGUUGUGGGUUCGAUUCCCACGGGGGGCCAGUAUAAAAAAUUAAAAAUAAUGUAUGCAUUCACUAACUGUAAGUCGCUCGGGAUAAGAGCGUCUGCUAAAUGACUCAAAUGUAAAAUGUCAAAUGUAAAUUUGACCAGGUCUCAGCUGCUGGUGGGGGCGUCAGUACAAACAUACCUACUGGAGAAGACCAGGGUGGCUGGACAACCAGCUAAUGAGAGAAACUUCCACAUAUUCUACCAGGCAAGUUAAAGGCACACUCUUGACUACAAAGAUUAAUUCUAAGUUAAUGUUAAUUAACUGUAGUUUAAUUGUAAAUGAAGUAAUAUCGUGUGUGUGUGUGCCUGGCCUCAGUACAUGUCAAUACAUUUAGUGUCUGAUAUAUUGAAAUUCUAUUCUUUUCAGAUGAUGGCAGGAGGCAGCGAUGAGCAGAGGAGGGACUGGAAGAUGCCUCAUGACCAACGUUUUGUCUGGCUUCCAAAUGCUGACAAGACAUUGGAAGGUACGCUUGUUGUGUCCUCAUCCCCCAGCCAGUAGAUUGAAAAACAAUAGCUUCUAAUCGGUUGCAUGUAAUGAAUGUAAAGGUACCAUGUAUGUAAAAUAUAUAUUCUAUUCAGGUCAGUGUUCCCAGUUACUGAUUUUACUCUUCUCUUCUUCGCUUCUUUGUCUACUUCUUCUUUGCUUCUUUGUCUUGUUUUGCAGAGGAUUGUUUUGAUGAGACUGUAGAUGCUAUGGUACACCUGGGCAUCAAUGCCGAGAAGCAGGGACAUAUAUUUAGGGUAUAAUGAUAUACAUUAAAUCACCUAAAAUGAUUCUGAAGAUGAUUCUGUACUUUCUCCACAUAAUCACUCCACAAAUAUAUUUCUACCACAACUCCCUGUCUUAACAGAUACUAGCAGGUCUUCUUCAGUUGGGGAACGUGACUUUCUGUUCUGCCAUGGAUGAAUCACAACCUUGUGACCUCGAGAAGCAAUCCAAAGGUAUUUCAUCUGAUAUUACACUAGAUCAACUUUCCAUUCUGGUGUCUUAGACUUCAAUUCGGUUAAAUUCAAUUUAAACUGUGGUCUGACUCCUUUCUCAACCUUCCACCCUCGUGUUUUAGACAUCAGUUCAGCUCCAACGUGGUCUGAACAAUCAAUUAAUCAAUCAAUCAAAUCUGAAGACCGUUUUACAUGAGCCCUGCUGUCUAUCCUAUAGUCUUUGUGCAGCGUUGUGCAGCGUUGCUGUGUGUCCCGGUGGAUGAGCUUCAGACAUGUCUCAGGGUAAGGACCCUGAGGGCAGGGAAGCAGAGUGCUCUCUUCAAGCCCUGCUCCCUGGCAGACUGCAGCGUCAGGAGGGAUUGCCUCGCCAAGGUCAUCUACGCACAGUGAGUCAGACUAACAGAGAGGACACAUUUCCUUCAUAACCUCUUUUAUAAUCACUCCUAUGUAAAAAUCUGUCAAAUGUUCAGAUCUGAACCAGGUUGUGAUUUUUCAAUCACUUUAUUUUUUCCUAAAGCAGAUUCGGAGAGUGAAUACUUAUUAGAAAGCAUGCAUUUGGGCUGAGGUCCAGCUCUUGUCUGUUGUGAUGAAAGAUUACCUGUCCUUUCCCUCAUCAACUCCAUUCUGAAAAUAUCACACCCUUUUAAUGUGUACUGUAACUACAAAGGAAUCAGACAUUGUGUACUGAAUGUUUUUUUUCAAUUUUUCCAAACAGAUUAUUUGAAUGGUUGGUUACAUUCAUCAACGAUAGUAUAUGUGCAGACAAUUCCACCUGGUGCAACUUCAUAGGUAAAUAAGUUAUUUUCUAUUGCUUAAUCUCUCCCAUAUUACUAAUUAAACAUGAAUCCUUGGUGUUAACUUGUCUCUCAGGCUAAAGCCGAACCUGUUCUUUUGGAUAUCUUUCCUUUGUAAUAACACCAGGGUAGUGGGUUCGAUUCCCGGGUCCUCCCAUAUGUAAAGAAAAUGUAUGCACACGUAACCGCUUUCGAUAAAGUGCCUGCAUUUAUUAUUAUAGUUCUUCUUCGUCUCCAGGUCUGCUGGAUGUUUAUGGUUUUGAGUGCUUUCAGUUGAACAACCUGGAACAGCUGUGCAUCAACUACGCCAACGAGAAACUGCAGCAGCACUUUGUAGCCCACUAUCUCAGAGCCCAACAGGUAGCCGUUAGGCUAAAUUAACCUUUUCCACGUUGACCUAGUGAAAUGUCUUUUUUUUUUUUUUUUUCUAGUUUAGCCUCUACAGCAGGGGUAUUCAACUCUGACCCCUAGAGGGUCCGGAGCCUGCUGCUUUUUCUGUUCUACCAGAUUAAUUAAUUGAACAAUGGGGGGGGGGACUGGCUUCGAGGUCCAGAGUUGUUUUGCUGGCUGUAGGGCUAUAGGCUCCGGUCUCAGAGUGUUAACCUGUUUAGUAGAGUGUGGAAAUAGAACGUGGAAGAACUGGAUGUUCCAAUUCGGAAUUUGCCUCGAGGGUGUGGAACACUUUUUUUGUAGCAUAAGAGAAUGUUGUCUUUAGUUAUCUAGUGCUCAACAGUGAAGCCUCUCACCCUUAGGAGGAGUACGUCUCCGAGGGAUUGGAGUGGUCGUUCGUUAAAUACCAGGACAACCAGGGCUGUCUGGAUCUGUUGGAGGGCAACCCCACUGGAGUGUUCUCUCUCCUCAAUGAGGUGUGUACAUCAGUGGAACCUCCUAGAACAGUGGAUCCCAACUCCCGUCCUCCAGUAUUCGCCAACAGCACACAUUUUAUGUUAUAGCCCCCGGACAACACCUGAUUCAACUUGUCGUGGGCUUGAUGAUUAGUUGUCAAGUAGAAUCCAGGUGUGCUUGUCCUGGGGCCGCAACAAAUAUAUGUACUGUUGGGGAAUACUGGAGGACCGGAGUUGGGAAACCGCCGCUCUAGAAUACUGUUAUUAGUUCUACCUUUUUUAUAAAGUAAUUUUUGUCCAGAAAAAUAUAUCAAGUUCUUUUGGUUGUUUACUUUACUCACAUGUCUUUGUCCGUUAACCCAUCCACCCAUUCAGGAAUGCCUUCUCAACCGAGCCUCCGACGCCAAGCAGUUCAGGGUUCGCUUGGAGAAGGAGCUGUCCGACAACAGCAGUAUGAGCUGGGACAAGUUCGGCAAGCUGCCCCACUUCACCGUGGCUCACUACGCUGGCAAAGUCUCCUACCAGAUAGAAGGCAUGAUGGAGAAGAACAAGGUUCGUUGGAACAGUGCUGUGGAAGGUGCUGCUAACCAUUCAUAGCUGAUGGCAAAAAUACUAUUUUUGGAUUACAAGACCCACCUGUGCCGCCAACUAUAAUGGAUUACUGUGACCCGUUUGGUCCAUUCAAACACUACUGUAUAUGCACUAUGGAAGUCUGUGAAAGAUGCUAGCCCUACAUACUUCAUAGCCAAAGGACGUUGCAAGACUUAAUUUCAUGAGAAGACUUAAUUAACACCAAACAUACUGUGCAUUCGGAAAGUAUUCAGAUCCCUUCAGACACAUUGUUUGCCCCCCCCCCCCCCUCAUCAAUCUACACACAUAAAACCAUAAUGACAAAGCAAAAACAGGUUUUUAGAUUUUUUUUUUAGCAAAUGUAUUAAAAAUAAAAAAACGGAAAUCCCAUUUACAUGUGGAAAAAAAUGAGGUUCUGAAUACUUUUACGAAAACACUGUACUUCAUAGCCAAAGGACAUUGCAAGACUUAAUUUCAUGAGAAUACUUAAUUUUUUCUCUCCACUAACACUAUUUGAAAAUGUAUGCACUCACUUAACUGUAAGUCGCUCUGGAUAAGAGCGUCUGCUAAAUGACUAAAAUGUCAAUGUUAAAUAUGCACCUUUCUCCCUCUAUAGGACCCAGUGCCCCCAGAGCUCAUCCACCUGCUACAGAAGUCUGAGAACCCUCUGCUUCACCAGCUGUUUGCUGACAGAGACCCAGCGGACCAAGGCACCAGGGGACUCAGACAAGUGGUCACUGUGGUCUCCAAGUUCAAGGUGAGGCACAAAAUCCUAGACGUUAGGAUUCCUUCUGUUUGUAGCGUUGAUCUGGUUCUGUGGUAUUCACUUUGUUCCGGAAUUCCUCAGAGCCUCUUUGUUCCAUAUUUCAUGGAUGGUAUAUUGUCUCCCUAUAGAACUCUCUGGAGAGCCUGAUGAAGAUUCUACACAGCACCACUCCUCACUACACCCGCUGCAUCAAACCCAACACUGACUGCAGGCCGCUCACCUUCGUAAAGGAGGAGGUAGGAGAAAGCGACUGCUUUGACUUGGUAACAAACCAUGGAAACGCAUGAAUCAUCACUACGUCUUUGUUCAGUAGAUGUCUUUUUAUCUUCUUGGAACACAAAACGUGACAUUCGAAAAAAUGAAAUGUGCAAUUGAUGACUCAGAUAUUGGUCACUAGGCAAAAUCGUAUGUUCAUUUAAUAAUUUUAUGUUAUACAAUUGUCUUAUAAAGCUGUUUUUGACUCAUCGUUAGGUCAUUAUGCAACUGGAGGCCUGUGGGAUUGUGGAGACCAUAAACAUCAGCGCAGCAGGCUUUCCAAUAAGGUAAGGCGACUGUAAGGUGCUCUGGAUAAGAGCGUCUGCUAAAUGACUAAAAUGUAAUUAUGGCCGCAAAAUUCUGGUAACUUUCCAAGGUAAUCCAGAAAUCCUGGUCGGAGGAUUUCGGAUUUCUUGCUUAUUCCCUCUUAAGUCCAGGGAUCUUCCAACCUGGUUUUCUGGAUUUUGGGGGAAGUUACCAGAUUAUUUUUUUUUUUUGCAACACUAUAGAGAGCAGAUCCCUUACCUGAACUGGGCUUGAACCUAGGAACCUCUGCACAACUACACAACAACUCAUCAGUAGGGCGGCAGGUAGCUUAGUGGUUAAGAGCGUUGUGCCAGUAACCGAAAGGUCGCUGGUUCUAAUCCCUGAGCCGACUAGGUGAAAAAAUCUGCCGAUGUGCCCUUGAGCAAGGCACUUAACCCUAAUUGCUCCUGCAAGUCGCUCUGGAUAAGAGCGUCUGCUAAAUGACUAAAAUGUAAAUGUCAAUCAGUACCACUGACCCUAUAACACAAAGCCUUUUUUAAAACACAAUAGGGGUUGUACUGAACAAAAUGUCCUCUUGAUUUAUACUGCCCCUUUCCAUUUCUUUGUUUUGUUUCUCAAUGCAGAAUUCCCUACACGAGUUUCAUACAGCGUUAUGGACUGAUUUCCAACUGGACGUUGUUUUCUCAAGGGGCUGGUGAGAAUGGUAAGUCUGACAUCAGGAGAGAUAUGCUGUAGUAGUGUGUGGUGUCGUUAUGCCUUCUGACAUGUACAGUGCCUUCAGAAAGUAUUCGGACCACUUGACUUUUUCCACAUUUUGUUACGUUACAGGUUAUACUAAAAUGGAUUAAUUCCCCUCAUCAAUCUACACACUACCAGAUAAUGACCAAACCAAAAUAGGGUUUUUAUACAUUUUUGCAACUACAAAAUACAAUAAAAACUGAACUCACAUUUACGUAAGUAUUCAGACCCUUUACUCAGUACUUUGUUGAAGCACUUUUGGCAGCGACAGUGUUUCCUCUGGGGGGGGGGGGGGGGGAGCUCAGUUCUGGUGACUUUUUAAAAGGACAUUCUACUCUAAAAUACAAUUUCCACCUCCAGAAAUUAGCCCAAUAACACAUUGGUAAAAUUAUUUGUUAACAUUUAUUUUAACAUAUUGGGCCAUGUACAGAAUAUAGCCUAUUCAUGGUCCAUAUUAUCAGGAAUGCUAUUAGUAAUAAACAUGAUCACCUUUAGCCCAACUGAUGCAGCAAAGUGCAUAUAGUCUGAAGCAUGGGGUUGCCUAUCUGCAUAGGUGAUCAAAUACUUAUGUCAUGCAAUAAAAUGCAAAUUAAUUACUUAAAAAUCAUAUAAUGUGAUUUUCUGGAUUUUUGUUUUAGAUUCCGUCUCUCACAGUUGAAGUGUACCUAUGAUAAAAAUUACAGACCUCUACAUGCUUUGUAAGUAGGAAAACCUGCAAAAUCGGCAGUGUAUCAAAUACUUGUUCUCCCCACUGUAUCUGCAUUUACCCUAUUGGGCUAAUCAUUAGCCAGAUCUCAAAUGUGAUCUUUUAACUAGUUAUUAUCAUUGAUUAAUUUUAUGUCCCAAAAAACUUGCAUAAACACUGAAUAUAAUGUAGGCCUACCUGUUAGGGUAACAUGGGGUAAAAAGCCCUCUUGCCUGUACUUCUCACAGAAACCACUUCAUGUCACAAUUUUUCCCCCAACACUUACCCUGGUUUCCACUACUCUUGCUCAACAAAAAAAUAUGAUCUUGUCUCAUCACAAUUUAAGUCAUUCCAAAUAAAUGAUUUUGAGGUAGUGAGGCGUUGUACCCCCCAGUCACCCUACUAUUGACCGGUGUUACAUUUAGCCCCACUCUCCCCUAUGCACCCCCUGCAAAUUGCUGCUCCAUAAACGUGCUUAACCAUGCUUCUGCUCAAAAUCCCCGGGUUUAAAAUGGCGCAGGUUCCGCAUAUUUAGGAGUUGAAAAAUAAAUAAAGUAGGAAUGGAAAGCUGGGAUUCCCCUCUUUUUUUUAUUUUUUUUAUAGCAAAAGCCAUUAAAACAGCUGUUUUUGCGAUUUAAAAUAAUUGUUGUGCAUUGACUGCUUGUCAGAAUGCAUGUUUCCCUCCCUGUGGUACUUAUAACAUGAAUGUACCACGAGAGGAAUAUUUAUCUAGCAUAGAACACAACAAGCCCACUUGGUAAAUAGAUCAACUAUUCUACUAUGGGGUUGUCAGAUUUUUCUAUUUAUUACUCGUUUUGUUUGCAGAGAAAGUACAUGUGGAAUGUUCUAGCAUCUUCAAAAUGCGCCUCAGCAGAAAUAUUUUUUCAUUUUCCAUAUUUGUUGUUGUUGCGUGGCGGCAAUGAUUUUGCCGUGGCGCAGCACCACAGCAAAACGAGUGCAGCGGAAACACUGGGCAGCGAUUACAGCCUCGUCUUCUUGGGUAUGACGCUACAAUCUUGGCACACCUGUAUUUGGGGAGUUUCUCUGCAGAUCCUCUCAAGCUCUGUCAGGGUGGAUGGGGAGCGUCGCUGCACAGCUAUUUUUAGGUCUCUUCAGAGAUGUUCAAUCGGGUUCAAGUCCGGGCUCUGGCUGGGCCACUCAAGGACAUUCAGAGACUUGUCCCGAAGCCACUCCUGUGUUGUCUUGGCUGUGUGCUUAGGGUUGUUGUUCUGUUGGAAGGUGAACCUUCACCCCAGUCUGUGUUCCUGAGCGCUCUGGAGCAGGUUUUCAUCAAGGAUCUCUCUGUACUCCGUUCAUCUUUCCCUCGAUCCUGACUAGUCUCCCAGUCCCUGCCACUGAAAAACAUCCCCACAGCAUGAUGCUGACACCACCAUGCUUCACCAUAGGGAUGGUGCCUGGUUUCCUCCAGACGUGACGCUUGGCAUUCAGGCCAAAGAGUUAAAUCUUGGUUUCAUCUGACCAGAGAAUCUUGUUUCUCAUGGUCUGAAAGUCCUUUAGGUGCCUUUUGGCAAACUCCAAGCGGGCUGUCAUGUGCCUUUUUACUGAGGAAUGGCUUCCGUCUGGCCGCUCUACCAUAAAGGCCUGAUUGGUGGAGUGCUGCAGAGAUGGUUGUCCUUAUGGAAAGUUCUCCCAUCUCCACAGAGGAACUCUGGAGCUCUGUCAGAGUGACCAUCGGGUUCUUGGUCACCUCCCUGACCAAGGCCCUUCUCCCCCGAUUGCUCAGUUUGGCCGGGCGGCCAGCUCUAGGAAGAGUCUUGGUGGUUCCAAAUGACUUCCAUUUAAGGCCACUGUGUUUUUGGGGACCUUCAAUGCUGCAGAAAUGUUUUGGUACCUUUCCCCAGAUCUGUGCCUCGACACAAUCCUGUCUCGGAGCCCUACGGACAAUUCCUCUGACCUCAUGGCUUGUUUUUGCUCUGACAUGCACUGUCAACUGUGGGACCUUAUAUAGACAGGUGUGUGCCUUUCCAAAUCAUGUCCAAUCAAUUUAACUUACCACAGGUGGACUCAAUCAAGUUGUAGAAACAUCUCAAGGAUGAUCAAUGGAAACAGGAUGCACCUGAGCUCAAUUUCGAGUCUCAUAGCAAAGGGUCUGAAUACUUAUGUAAUAAAUAAGGUAUUUAUUUAUACAAUUGCCAACAUUUCUAAAAACCUGUUUUCGCUUUGUCAUUUUGGGGUAUUGUGUGUAAGUUGAGGGAAAAUAAACAAUUUAAUCAAAAUUUUGAAAAAGUCAAGGGGUCUAAAUACUUCCGAAUGCAAUGUAUUCAUACCUCUUGACUUUUUCCACAUUCUGUUGUGUCACAGCCUGAAUAAGAAAUUAAUUAAAUUGAGAUUUGUUGUCACUGGCCUACACACACUACCCCACAAUAUGAAAUUGGCAUUAUGUUUUUUGAAAUGUGUUUUUUUUUUUUUUUAAGUAAAAGCUGAAAUGUUUUGAGUCUAUGUAUUCAACCCCUUUUGUUAUGGCAAACCUAAAUAAGUUCAGGAGUAAAAAUUAGCUCAAGUCACAAAAUAAGUUGCAUGGACUCACUGUGUGCAAUAAUAGUGUUUAACAUGAUGUUUUAAUGACUACCUCAUCUCUGUACCCCACACACACAAUUAUCUGUAAGGUCCUUCAGUCGAGUAGUGAAUUUUAAACACAGAUUCAACCACAGAGACCAGGGAGAUUGUCCAAUGCCUCGCAAAGAAGGUCACCUAUUGGUAGAUAGGUAAAAAAUAAAAGCAGACAUUGAAUAUCCCUUUGAGCAUGGUGAAGUUAUUAAUUACACUUUGGAUGGUGUAUCAAUACACCCAGUCACUACAAAGAUACAGGUGUCCUUCCUAACUCAGUUGCCGGAGAGGAAGGAAACUGCUCAGGGAUUUCACCAUGGUGACUUUAAACUCUAACUCUUGUAAUUGCUGUGAUAACACUGUAGUUACUCCACAAUGCUAACCUAAUUGACAGAGUGAAAAGAAGGAAGCCAGUACAGAAUAAAACAUAUUCCAAAACAUGCAUCCUUUUGCACUAAAGUAAUACUGCAAAAAUUGUGGCAAAGCAAUUAACUUUUUGUCCUGAAUACAGUGUGUUAUGUUUGGGGCAAAUCCAAUACAACACAUUACUGAGUACCACUCUACAUAUUUUCAAGCAUAGUGAUGGCUGCAUCACGUUAUGGGUAUGCUUGUAAGCUUUAAGGACUGGGGAGUUUUUCAGGAUAAAAAAUAAACAUAAUGGCGCUAAGCACAGGCAGAAUCCUAGAGGAAAACCAGGUCCCGUCUGCUUUCCACCAGACACUGGGAGAUUAAUUCACCCUUCAGCAGGAUAAUGACCUAAAACCCAAGGACAAAUCUACACUGGAGUUGCUUACCAAGAAGACUGUUCCUGAGUGGCCGAAUUAUUAUAGUUUUGACUUAAAUCUGCUUGAAAAUCUAUGGCAAGUCCUGAAAAAUGGUUGUCUAGCAAUGAUCAACAACCAAUUUGACAGAGCUUGAAGAAUGUUGAAAUUAAGAAUGGUCCUCUGUAGCUCAAUUGGUAGAGCAUGGCGCUUGUAACGCCAGGGUAGUGGGUUCGAUCCCCGGGACCACACAUAUGUUUAAAAAAAUGUAUGCACACGACUGUAAGUCGCUUUGGAUAAAAGCGUCUGCUAAAUGGCUUAUUAUUAUUAUUAUUAUUAUUAUUAUUAUUAUUAUUAUUAUUAAAUGUUGAACAAUUCAGGUGUGGGAAGCUCUUAGACUCACAGCUGUAAUCGCUGCCAAAGGUGCUUCUACAAAGUAUUGACUCUGGUGUGAAUACUUAUGUAAAUGAGAUGUAUUUAUUUCAUUUUCAAUAAAUUAGCAAAAAUGUCUAAAUACAUGUUUUCACUUUGUCAUUAUGGGGUAUUGUGUGUGUGUGUGUGUGUGUGUGUGUGUAGAUGGGUAAGGGAUUUUAUUUAUUUAUUUUUAAUCAAUUUUGAAUUCAGGCUGUAAUGCAUCAAAAUCUGGAAUAAGUCAAGGGGUAUGAAUACUUUCUGAACGCACUGUAACUCCAAAGAAAACAAACCGUUGAAUAGUGAACUCUUUGGUCAUGUGCAUAGUCAAUACUUUUAUCAGAAUGAAUACAGGUUCUGUUAUCUUUGUACUCUCUUGCUGAUGGCUCUUUUCUUUCCCCUAUCCUGUCUCCUGUCCCCUAUCCUGUCCUGUCCCCUAUCCUGUCCCCUAUCCUGUCUCCUGUCCCCUCUCCUGUCCCCUAUCCUGUCCCCUGUCCUCUCCUCUCCUUAGAGUUCAUCCUCUACUCUCCCCUCCUACUCUGGCGCUCCUUAGAGUUGACUUUUCUAAAAGAUGUUUCCAACUAUUUUAUAAUCUCUCAGGUAAACGCAUGCUUAAGCAAUUUCUUCAUUGCAUGCUGUGCUUUUUCCUUCUCCGACGUUCCCCGCCGGCUCUGACUUGCUGUCAAAAUGAAUUAUCUGUCCUACUGUCAAGUCGAUGCCGUUUGUUUUGUAUUCCAGAACGGAAAUAUGUGUUAUGCUAAUUUUCCAUUGUUAUGGGGUGACACUUAAUCCUGUGUAAUGCUCAUCAUCUACAUAGUUUUACCUCAUACCUUGGUUUACAGGCUACCAUCAAGUGUUUAUACACAAAGGGCAUUCAUUGUGUGGUUUGGCAGUCGAAACAGAAUGGGGUCAACAACAUUCACGUUAACCUUGAAGCAACCAUUUUUAAGUGCUACCUCGAAUGAAAAAUAUCAGGCUGUGGUAAAAAUCUGGGCAGUGUUUCGGCAUGCAGACUAUCGUGUCAUGGUAUGCUAUGUAAGAUGUGUUCGACUCUGCCAUGUGUCUAAAUGCAUGCAGUCCUUCAUAUAGAUUUCAGUCUAUGUCUCUAACCCCUCCCCCCUCCUCCCUCAGGAUUGGAGGAGAACAACAAGGAUGAUCUUGGUUCGGCUGUGGCUAAUAUUCUCAGGGUGGUGUUAAAAAGUAACUCUCUCGACCCCUCGCACCAUAGCGACAGCGAGACCCGCAGCUCGCUGGUGCACUGCGGCAGGACCAAAGUGUUCCUGACUAAUUCCACGGUGAGUUGGUCUUCAGCAUCAUAGUCGGUUGAAUUUACAUCUGUGAUUUGAUUUGAUAACAAUGAGAUUUAAUAGUCUUGAGUGAAGUCCAGUUAUGUAUACUGAACAAAAAUAUAACCAUAACAUGCAACAAUUUCAAUGAUUUUACUGAGUUACAGAUUAUAUAAAGAAGUCAGUCAAUUGAAAUAAAUUAAUUAGGCCCUAAUCUAUGGAUUUCACAUGACUGGGCAGGGGCGCAGCCAUGGGUGGGCCUGGGAGGGCAUAGGCCCACCCACAUGAGCACCAGGUCCAACCACUGGGGAGCGAGGCCCAGCUAAUCAAAAUGAGGUUUUUUUUUUCCCCACAAAAGGGCUUUAUUACAGACAAAUACUCCUCAGUUUCAUCAGCUGUCCGGGUGGCUGGUCUCAGACAAUCCCGCAGGUGAAGAAGCCGGAUGUGGAGGUCCUGGGCUGGCUGGUUGCAUGUGGUCUGUGGUUAUGAGGCCGGUUGGACGUACUGUCAAAUUCUCUAAAACGACGUUAAAGGCAGCUUAUGGUAGAGAAAUGAACAUUCAAUUCUCUGUCAACAGCUCUGGUGGACAUUCCUGCAGUCAGCAUGCCAAUUGCACGCUCCCUCAAAACUUGAUACAUCUAUAGCAUUGUGUUGUACAUCUAUAGCAUUUUAGAGUGGCCUUUUAUUGUCCCCAGCAUAAGGUCCACCUGUGUAAUGAUCAUGCUGUUUAAUCAGCUUCUUGAUAUGCCACACCUGGCAGGUGGAUGGAUUAUCUUGGCAACGGAUAAAAUGCUCACUAACAGGGAUGUAAACAAAUUUGUGCACAACAUUUGAGAGAAAUUGUUUUUUUGUGUCUAUGGAAAAUUUCUGGCCUCCUUUUUAUUUCAGCUCAUGAAACAUGGGACCAACACUUUUUAAAUGUUGCAUUUAUAUUUUUGUUCUGUGUAGUUAGUUGGUGUGAUUCGUGUGUUAAGAAGCCCUCUAAUCCAUACACUGUAACAGGAUCACACUGUUGAGUGGAGCAUAAAAACUCAAAACAUCCCACUGGGCACAAACUGCUUGAAACGACAUUGUUUCCACAUCUUUUCAACAACAACAACAAAAUUAACGCGAUGACACUGAAUCAAUGUGGAAAACCGAUUUUUGGAUUCGCAAAAAGUAAUCAACGUAAAGGAAUUUCGAACGUGUCUUUUUUUUAGUCUAAAUCCAAAUGAGAUGGUUCAAAUGUUUCUUGAAUUCACGUUAGUUGACAACUAAAACAAUUUGUAAAUCAAAAACUAGACGUUGAACUGACGUCUGUUGCCCAGUGGGAUAGGUCACAGCUGGCAUAGCCACGAUAGUCAGCGGACCGUUUAUGUCACCAUGGGCCGACCAAUAGAACUGAAUGGGAUCUCUACCCGGCCGACGGACUAUUGAGGGCUCGGCCACUGUGAACUAUGAACUCAGCUUCGGUGGCCUCCAGACAGUUGUCCUGUCUAUAAGCAGUGUACUGUGGUUCUGGGAUAGGCCUAAUCCUCAGCACUGAUCUAAUCUAUAGCUGGAGCUGAUGGAGGAAGGCAGAAACAGGGUGCGCUCCCAGAGGGCCUUCUCUAUCCAGUGCUGCUGGCACAGGCACAAACAACGCAGACGUCACGCCGCGAGACGGGCCUCCACCCUGAUCCAAGCAGGUAAGGUCAAGACCUAAAUCCCUACCGGCCUGUGAGGAGAGGGAGAGGUCACAGUAUACUGCUCGGUAACUAUGGCCUCGCUCCAACUGUGUCUGCCAUCACUUCUGUUAUGCGAAUGGGAUCAUUGCAUGGCACACAGGUUUUCUUAAAGCUUUGGUACACAGCUCCACUGCUGUAUGUACAGUAACCUCCUGUCUUGGUCUGGCUCGACCUGGCUGUUCCUGUCUAGGUGUCCUGUCUUAGUCUGGCUCUACCUGGCUGUUCCUGUCUCCUGUCUUGGUCUGGCUGUUCCUGUCUAGGUGUCCUGUCUUAGUCUGGCUCUACCUGGCUGUUCCUGUCUAGGUGUCCUGUCUUAGUCUGGCUCUACCUGGCUGUUCCUGUCUAGGUGUCCUGUCUUGGUCUGGCUGUUCCUGUCUAGGUGUCCUGUCUUAGUCUGACUCUACCUGGCUGUUCCUGUCUAGGUGUCCUGUCUUGGUCUGGCUGUUCCUGUCUAGGUGUCCUGUCUUGGUCUGGCUGUUCCUGUCUAGGUGUCCUGUCUCGGUCUGGCUGUUCCUGUCUAGGUCUCCUGUCUUAGUCUGGCUCUACCUGGCUGUUCCUGUCUAGGUGUCCUGUCUUGGUCUGGCUCUACCUGGCUGUUCCUGUCUAGGUGUCCUGUCUUAGUCUACCUGGCUGUUCCUGUCUAGGUGUCCUGUCUUGGUCUGGCUCUACCUGGCUGUUCCUGUCUAGGUGUCCUGUCUUGGUCUGGCUGUUCCUGUCUAGGUGUCCUGUCUUGGUCUGGCUGUUCCUGUCUAGGUGUCCUGUCUUAGUCUACCUGGCUGUCUGACCAAGAGGCACCAGCUGGUAGAGCCUGCAACAUUGUUCAGAUGACUACGGGUUACUGUACCUAAAUCCUUAUGAAGGGAACAGAACAACUUAAGCUCACCUGAACAACACCUUGACCAUACGUUUCCCCUGAAUCACAUUGAUGUUAAUGUUAUCUAGAUGUACCUUUUGGUGAUCAGAUCUCGAUGAUUUAAUCCAGAUAAGGUGUUCAUUUAUACAGAUUGCAGCAUUUGACACAGCUGUCAGACAAAAUGGUGCAUGUAUAGAAUGCACUGUUGUCUUGAUAUUAUUACAUUUACAUUUAAGUCAUUUAGCAGACGCUCUUAUCCAGAGAGACUUAUUAUGGGAGUUACUGUUCGGUUGUCUGUGAUGGAUCUAUAGAGAUACGAUGUAAAUGUGUUCUUUCUAAUUCUGUGGCUGUAUCAUUAUCUGGUCGCUUCUCCUUCCCCCCGGCAGUGGUGAGGUCAUGGCUGGUCAGGAGAGCGAUCCACAGGUGGCACAGGGCAGCCAUAGUGCUCCAGAGGUCCUGGAGGAAAUGGAGGGUGAGUAGAAGUGCUGCUGGCUUCUUGCUAGGUCACCCUCGCACAAAAUGGGUUUUUAACCUCAAGGAUCUUUCCUGGUUAAAACGAAGGGUCAAUUAAAAUAGGUGGCAUGCAUGAUUUUCUUGAAUUCAGUGGCUCCCAUCCUCGCUGUCUGAAUUCUAGGACCGUGUGUUUAACUCAAGUGGCCAGUUCUUCUAAGUAGGAUUUUUCUCCUUUCCUACGGGAAUGAAUUCAUUUUGAUUUGACAUGUAAAAUACAAACAGUUGCUUCAGUCAAAGGAAAUAAACCAUACACGCAUUAAACACAAUGUCAACCUUUUUUUUUUUUUUCUCCAUUGUGGUCCUCCUUGUCAGACGUGAAAGAAGGAAAAGCUAGUGCAGGAGCUGUGAAUGACUGUACUGACUGUCCUCGUGUUGCAGGCGCUGAUGGACGCCCUGGCUGAGGCAGAGCUGGACGACGCAGAGGAUCUUCAGGAGGAGGCCGUGCCACCAGAGUUGGACCCCAUCCUCCGGGCCAGGGGCUUGGUGCAGCUCUCCAGCAUCCAGGAGCCCGUCAUGGUGCGAGGCUGGCCCAUGGGCCUGGCCCUGGCCUCAGCCCCCACCGUCACUGUGUCCAUGACCGCGACGGGCUUCCAGAAGAUGAUGUCUGUAAUGGCCUGCCUCAACGGACACUGCUUCAGGACCGGGGAGUACAAGGUGGAGACCAACCAAUUCAAGCAGGGGGUUGCCUCCAUCAGGGCUCAGCCCAGGGUAAGACCACAAUCUCUCCCCUCCAGACAAAUAUUUGAAAUACUUGAGGCAAGCGAAGUCGAGCGCACCUCAAAUAUACAUUUUUUUGAAUUAUGUAUUUGACCCAGGUAUUAUACUCUCCUCACACAGACCAUUCCCACCUGUAUUCACAUUUGUGAUACUGUAUUGUUGUUAUUUCUGUACAGAUUCAUUGUGAUUUUGUGGUCCUUUCUCACUUCAUUUAGGGGUCUAUUAAGCUCCACUACCAGCGAUCUCCACUGCUCUACGCCGAUAUGCAUCCAGACAACAAGCAUGAUGGAGUGACAGGAUUGAACCAGAUACUGCUAGAGGACACCUGAAUGGGAUCCAUUCUAUGUUCCUGCUUUAUAUCCAACACUUUAAAUGAGCUGCCUCAAUUAUAUAACUGCACCUUUUGAUAUGUACUGUAGAUGGAGAUAAUGGUCCUAGAGAAAUGGUCUUGUAGGACUGUAGCUGCCAUAUUGGAAAUAUUUGUUGAUUGUUGGAAAGUCUCAGGCUUUAUGACCACUUGGGUGCCUUUCUCAAAAUCCGUGGUGUUAAACUCAAGAAUGUACCGUGGGUGAACUUGCCAUUUUUAUUUAUGGGUAGAGGGAAGCAGUUGCUUUUGGGAUAUUUGUGGUACUCCUUUUGCAAUGUUAAAGAUCAUGUUUUAAUUUUAGAUAUUGCUGCAUUGUUUAAGUUAUUGACAUGCCUGUUUUUUAGAGGGAAAUUAUCUAUAAAAUGUUAUUUUCAUCAGGGAUACAUGUUCUGUUUAAACCACAUUCUGGAUUUUUUUAUAUCUGUACACUUGAGCUCACUGACCAAAUCGAACUAAUUUUAGCAUAGUCAACUACAGAUCAAGAGAAAGCUGGGCAUUUACACCAAAUCCAGUGUAUUUUAUGGCACAAGCUUCAUUAUGAGAUCUUUAUUAGAAGAGGUACACUACAGUGUUUUGCAUACAUGGGAAUAGUAUGUCUUUUAACAAGCUUUAUAAUCAAUGUCAACCAGUUUGCUGCUGAUCGCUUCAGUGUUAAUAACCAAACGGCACGACAGAAACACCCAAUGUUUUGCUGUAUUUAUUUGAAAAGAACCAUUGAUGUGCCACAUUGCUUGAAAUGCCAUGACGAUGUUUAUUUGCCAAAAAGGAUUGUAUACUUUUGACCUUUAUUUUGCUACUUCGCCACUACAGUAGUUACCUUUGCCUUGUCCAAUACCUUCUACUAGAGUAACUUAUCUUUUGUAACCCACUGCUAAUAUAAUCCUUCCUUGAAUUACGUUUGUAUUUUGAACCGACUAAACAAUAGUUCUUGUUACGUUUAAGGCCAUUCAAAGCCAUACCCAGACCAAAUGUGUUAUGAAACAUUGCUAGCUACUUGGUGUUUAUAUAGCUGUACCAAGAACCCUUUUAAAAGACCUGACUUAGCUAGUUGUCUUUGCAAUACUGUAGUUCCAAGUCAAAAUAAAUAUUUAACAAAUUGGUAUACUGCUUUGUAUAUUUACACAGUAGAAAUAAACCGAAGAUAAUUGUUUUUGUCAACAAAAAAAAAAAAAAA